AUGCGCAUGUUCGGCGCUUCUCAGCCCUCAUGGGCGAGAAUAUUAACUGUCGCUCUUAUGGGAGCGUCAACAGUUCGAGCCGUCGAAAUGGAUAUCGAAAGUGCCGAUUCUAUCAAGAAGGCCGCAAAACAAGUAGCUACGAACAUGAUGGCCUACUACCACGGAAAUAAGCCAGGCGACAACCCGGGAAACUUGCCAGAUCCAUACUACUGGUGGGAGGCUGGUGCUAUGUUCAACUCAUUGAUCGACUACUGGUUUUAUACGGGGGAUGACACAUGGAACGACAUAACCAUACAGGGCUUGCUGUGGCAAGCAGGCGAUACGGGUGCCUUUAUGCCUAACAAUCAAAGUAAAACGGAAGGCAAUGAUGACCAAGCGUUCUGGGGAUUUGCAGCUAUGUCGGCUGCGGAGCGAAAUUUUCCUAACCCCCCUUCUGAUAAGAUGGGGUGGCUAGCGAUGGCCCAAGCAACGUUUAACACACAAGCACCUCGUUGGGAUGACUCUACUUGUGGAGGAGGACUGCGGUGGCAGAUCUUCACGUGGAAUAACGGAUACACUUACAAGAACACAAUUUCUACUGGUGGAUUUUUCAACUUGGCUGCACGUCUUGCGAAGUACACCGGAAACACGACAUAUCAGGAGUGGGCCGAUAAAGCCUGGGACUGGACCGAGGAGGUUGGAUUCAUGACGCCCGACUAUCAUUUCUGGGAUGGCGCAAGCGAUUUGAGCAAUUGCACCGAUAUCAAUGAGAUCGAGUGGACCUAUAACAACGGUGUUUUUCUCCUCGGUGCGGCGAACAUGUGGAAUGUGACUUCGGAUCCCAAAUGGAAAACCCGUGUUGAGAAAAUUCUCGAAUCCUCAUCCGUUUUCUUCUCCGACAACCCUAAGGAUGUCAUGUUCGAACGAGCCUGCGAGACAGUCAAUACCUGCAUGGUCGAUCAACGAUCCUUCAAAGGUUAUCUCGCCCGCUGGAUGGCAGCAACCACGCAGUUGGCCCCUUUCAGCUACGACCUGAUCAUGCCAAAGCUCAAAGCCUCGGGGCAAGCAGCUGCACAGGCCUGCAAUGGUGGACCGGAUGGCGUUACCUGUGGCCUUAAAUGGACAGAGAAAAAGUGGGACACCACCAUUGACUUUGGUCAGCAGAUGGCGGCCCUCGAGGUGAUCCAGGCGAACCUCAUUACGAAGGUUGCUGCCCCGGUCACUAGCAAUGAUGGAGGUACUAGUAAGGGAGAUCCUAGUGCGGGUGGAAAACCUCCCCAGCCUACGCCUGAUGCGCUGUCCUACCGCAUUACUACUGCCGAUCGAGCUGGGGCUGGUAUCUUGACUGCUAUGAUGAUGAUCACUCUUGGAGGGUCUGCAGGGUGGCUUAUUUGGGAUUGA